GUCGGCCCGAAAGCCGUUGAGACGAGCGGUCGCUCCUGUACAGCGCUCUUCUUUUAUUUUUUUUUUACACACAAAACAUUUUAAUAUAAUCCGAGAAAAAGAAAAACUUUUUUUCUUUUAUUUAAAAAAAAAAAAAAAACUGUUUUUUAGUGUCUGCUGUGUCUGUGUGUGUUGUGUUGUGUGCAUUGUGACAGGAUGACCGUUGGAUUACCGCACGAGGAAUAAAUCAGAAAAAUCAUCUGAAAGAAAAAAAAAGCAUCCAAGUAAUCGUCUGCUAGUCGCGCCAAAUUCAAAUCAUCGCCGAAUUGAAAGAAGAAGAUUAUUCAUUCAAAUAAAUAGCCAAGUGAUUGCGUGAGUGUUGGUGUAGUAGUGGUGACAUUGUUUUGCCCUCCGUCCCGAUGGUUGGUGCGCCGGCCGCCGCCUGUGAGGCUCGCGCGCCCACAACCGACGCCGCCCGCAGCAGCGCCGCGUUGCCGGACCAAUGAAAGAGUCGGGCCCGCUGGCUGCUGCAGGACUGGAGGAGGCGCGGCCCGAUUCUCUGGGUUGUGCACUUGCGCCCAGCGCCGCCGUUGCUUCGAUUAACAACAACAACAAUAAUAAUAAUAAUAUUAUCAUCAGCAAUAACAACAACAACAACGUCGUGUCUCCAGUGUCGGUCCCCAAUCCGGCAGCAGUAGGCCCAGCCACCAGCGCCGCUGGCCAGCCAACGACGACGACCGGUGGAAGGUCGGGCGACCCGACGAAUUUCGAGUACGAAGACUCCGAAUGGGAUGUUGGCAUUGGCAAUUUAAUUAUCGAUUUAGACGCCGACAUUGAAAAGAAUAAUUCAGGAAUUACCUCAGCUACAACUACACCGACCCAGAAAGGGAAUCAACAGGGUUCCGGCGCCGGAAUGCCCAGCGGAACCAGUCCAAAUAGUGGAGCUACCGGCUCAUCGCCCUUAAACACAAACAACGGCAGUGCUGCGGCUGUGACGGCAACUACGACAACAAACUCUACUACGGCCGGAGCCACAACAACAACAGUCAAAAGUGGUGGUGGUGGGGGCAGUAACGGGUCGGCGGGUGGGAAGAUGGCAGCGGCCGUCCACUCGGCCACAGUUGAACCCGGUUUGAAAAUGAAGAUUAAACGGACAAAACCUGGGCCAGGCACCAGGUCCUCGGAGACCAAACACGAAAUCGUCAAGACCUCGGAGGGUAAUGCAGCAGCAGCAGCAACAACAACAACUGGAUCAGUGCAACAACCUACAACUGGGCCGGCAGUUUCUUCGUCUGCAGCAGCAAUCGGUUCGCCGACGGCCGUCACAGCUGUGACGGCCACUGUGGCAGCAGCAGCAGCAGCCGUCCGCCAGCCUCAACUGGCCGGAGCCAACAACAACAACAAUAAUAACAACAACAACAACAACAAGCGUGGACCGUCGGCCAACCACAAAAGAGACAAGUCCAGGGAGAAAGUUGCCAAUCCAGGGGGAGCUGUCAAAAUGCAAACAACAACUGGAUCAUCCGUGGGGACGUCGACGACGACGACAGCAGCGGCCGUCACGGCAACCGCAUCCGUGACGGGAAUGAUGACGACAUCGUCGGGAGUCACGGUGACUCCGGUAACCGUCUCCGGGGGCGGAUCGCCGGCCUCUUUACGCGCCGGAAUGGUCGUCCCAUCUUGCACGACAAGCAGUUUGACAGUGACUCCGGUUGUCGUCGGGGGAGGAAUGUUGCCCAGCAGCCGGACUCCUCCACUCUCCUCCUCCACUGUUGUCCUUCCGGCCGGAAUGGUCAACGGAGGAGGACCCACCAACGGGUCCAGUCCCACCUAUCCCGGCUGCAACAGCACGGCAUCUCCCGUGACAGUCACGCCAGUCGGUGUCACCUCUCUUCUCAACAACCUGGGCGGCCCAGGCCGUCCAGACGCUCUCAUUGUUGGCACAAAUAAAACCUCCUCGUCGUCCGGCUUGAUGACGUCGACUUCUUCUUGCACAGAGCCGCCGAGUCCCCCAGCCAAGAAAUGGCGCACAUCUGGCCAUCUGGCGUCGGAUAAAGUUGCGGAUCCAAGUCCUCCGCCGCCAGCACUGUCGACAGCCAGCAGCGUGACGGGUGGAAAUCGGAGCGUGACUCUAUUGGCUGUGACACCACCCAGUGCCGGAUUGCUGGUCAACGGUGUGGGGGGCCAUAGUAAUCCAUCGAUGAUGUCGGUCACAUCUUCUUCUAGUCCCAGUGCCGAUGGCUCUCCGUGCUCCUCAUCCCAUUCGACAUCCUGCUCAUCGUCGCUGGUCGUCUCCAGAGCGGAUGCUUGUGUGGGCACGUGCAGUGCCUCCACCAUGACGGAACCAGAGUGCCUAGGACCCUGUGAACCGGGCACCGCCGUCACCUUAGAAGGAAUCGUUUGGCAUGAAACAGAAGGAGGUGUUUUAGUCGUCAAUGUCACAUGGCGAGGUAAAACAUAUGUUGGCACAUUGAUGGAUUGUACCAAAAAUGACUGGGCACCGCCAAGAUUCUGCGAUUCCCCGACGAGUGAUGCCGAGUCCCGUGCACCAAAAGGCCGUGCCAAAAGAGGCCGCGGAGCGACCAGCACGCCAGUGCCGACCGGCGGGGCCGGUGGUGUCGGAGUAGCCGGAUUAGCCGAUGCCUCGUUGAGUCCCAUGCACAGCAAAUUGCGGAAUGGAGCUAAAGGGCGACGUGGAGUGGGCGGUGGCAAUGGCGGAGGUGGACUGCCGGCCCCACCCAGUCCAGCCAAAGAAGUUUUGACUUCGGGUGGCAAGCGAAAAGGCAGCAGCGGCGGCAGUGGACCUAGUGGUGGUGCUAGUGGCGGAGUCAAAAACCUGGACGAGGCGGCCAACGGCAGUGCCAACAAACGGAGUCGUUCCAGUUCGAGAGGAGCCGGGUCUUCCAGCCCGUCCAUGGAUCCACCGCCUGUCGUGUCGACGGCAGCGUCUCCAAUGUUAAUCGAGUGCCCGGAGCCCAACUGUUCCAAGAAAUAUCGACACAUCAACGGCCUCAAAUAUCACCAGUCACACGCUCACGGAGGUAUCAGCACGGUCAACGCCAACGGUGGAGUGGCCGCUGUGGCGGCGGAAGCGAAUUUCGACGAAGAUUCCAAUCAGGACGUGACGAUGGUGACACCUACCAAGAGUGGCAAAGAAGUGCCAACGACGACGCCUCAACCGGCUGCUGAAGAGGCCAUGGAAGUGGCUCCUUUCACCGGCAAAGUGCCGAUGCCUCCGCCACCAGAGUCGACGACGACGACGACUACUUCUAGUGGCACGUCGUCGACGAGUGCCUCCUCAUUGAAUCCCGUUUCAGUUGGUGUCACGACUGCAACGGAUUCUGCCGCUUCGCCACAGAAACCCCCAAAGCCCAGCAGCCCACGGCUUCCGGCACCUAGUCCCAUCCAACUUCUUUCGACGUCAUCUUCGUCAUCCUCCUCCCCGUCUGUGAUACCGACCGACGCUACUCCUUCGCCCGUCACUAAUGGAUCCAGCAAACCGGCCGUCGAGCAUCUCUUCACUCCCAUCGUCACUCAGCCAAUCAACACGACGUCCACCACCACCAACACCACCACACCUUCUUCGACUGCCUGGACUACUCUGACGCCCAAUCCGCGUAGUCCGGCCAUGGCCGUCACUGCUACUACUCCCAAAGUGACUGGCUCUGACGCCGAAUCGGUCGAGCGGAAGGAAAGGUCAAAGCACAAGAAGAAGAACAAGGACAAGGAUCGUGAACGCAACGAAAGGAGGGAUCACGCCGCCAAGAAAUCUCCUGGAGCGCCGACAGUGACGGCCAACGGAUCGCUCUACCACAAUAUGACGUCAGCCGUCGCCAAUCCGUCCAGUCCGGCCUCUACGGGCACCAUCGGAGCCGAUCCUUCUGGCGUUAACUCAUUAACUUCCGGCAUUGGCGCCACCAAUGGCCCCAUACUCGCCACCGAUUCCAACCGCGAAGAUGUACAAAGUCCAGCUUAUUCGGACAUCUCGGACGCCAACGAUCAGUCACCUUCCUUACUUGACGCCGAGCUGUUGGAGAGCAAGAAAGUGGCGGAAAAAUUAGCGGCCGAAGCGGCUGCUUGUCUUCCACCAGUGGCCGGCCCUGGAGCUGGACCCAGUGUUCAUCCGGCUUUGGGUUCUUUCAGCAUGUACCCGUUUUAUGGUCAACCCGCGUUCAUGCCACCAACGGCAGCCGACCAGCAGGCCGGUAAAAUGCUGAUGAAGCCCGAAGAGAGAAGAGAAGAUCCAGCUGUCAAACCUAUUCCGGCUCAAGCCGCCGGAAUUCCGCCACUACCACCACCACCACCUACAUUGCCGGCUAGCAGUGGUCAUCCUGGUCCAGGUGCUUUGUAUCAACCGCCCUACGGAUUCAUUCCACCUUAUCCGGCGUAUCCAAUGGAUCCAGUGAUGAUUGAUCCAACCGCUUCCGCCGCCAGAUCGACCAGCAAGACACCGGAUCAAGGAGGAUUGGGUAUCCCUCCAGCUCAUUCGCCGAGAAGGAUCGACUCGAGUCCGGGUCGUAAGGACGAAAAGAAACCUCCUAUCGGCACGUCCGUCACACCCGUGGCGCCCAUCAAGAGCGAUCCGGCUUCUCUGCCACCAUCCAUGGCCAUUAGCAUGACAAAGGAUCCCAUCAAGGAAGAAAUGAAGAAAAUGGCAACUCCAUCCAUAGAAAAGAUUCUUCCUCCUUCAUCUCUACCACUUCCCGGUCCUAUCAGCGUUCCGACUGGCCCUAGUCCGUUGGGUCCUCCCGGCAUGCCCGGAUCCGGUCCACCUGGAUCUGGUCCACCGGGCCAAGGAGCUUUCGACACGGCCAUGUUGUACCAACGGCAACAUCAAGAGGAUCUGCGUCGCUUCUACAACGUUUACGGUGGUGACGAUCCGAUGCUCGGUCCAGGCCCUGGCCAUCCAGCAGGCAUGGGCAUGUUUCCGCCUCCGAUGAAUUCACCAGGUUCUGGUCCUCCUGGACCAGGUUGGAUGGUCAAUGGUCCCAAGAGUUCACCACUAGAUCCUCAACAGCCUCCGUCUCAACAGCAGAUGAUGCAACAGCAGCAGCAACAACAACAGCAGCAACAACAACAACAACAUAACCAACAGCAGCAGCAGUUGCAGCAGAUUCAACAGCAUAUACACCAGCAGCAACAAAUCCAACAGCAACAGCACCAACAGCAAUUUCAGCAACAAUUGCAACAUCAGCUACAACUCCAGCAGCAGCAUCAGCAACAACAACAUCAACAGCAGCAGCAACAGCAACAGAUGCAGCAACACAUGCAAAACCAGGCGCUCCAUCAGCACCUUCAGCAGCAACAUCAACAACAGCAGCAGCAGCAACAACAACAGCAGCAACAACAACAACAGCAGCAGCAGCAACAACAACAGCAGCAGCAACAACAACAACAACAGCAGCAACAGCAUCAAUCGCGCAAAUCUUCGUCCAAAUCUUCGUCGUCUAUGCCCAGCUCGGCUUCGAGUCCAAAAUUGCGGCCGCCUUCCGUCGACCGGAAACAGGAGCAUAGAGAUAAGGAGCAACAGAGGCCCAAUGAAAAGAUCUCGGAAGGAGUUAAACCGACGAUGGAAACUCAAGGACCACCACCUCCGCCCGGACCACCGCCAGGUGCCGGUUUGUCGCCGUACGGAAUGUAUCCCAACUUGUAUCCGUAUGGAUUACCGUUCGACCCAUCUCAUCCAGCCUACCGGAACACGAUGGCUUCCAUGUUGGGUGGAUCACCUCACAAUCCAUUCGGUCCAGACCCGAGAAACGGCCCGUCUCCGUUUGGUAUUCCCCACCAUCCGCACCAGUUGUCGCCGGCUGGAAUGAGAGGCUACCCGUCGGGUCCGGGCGGAUUUCCCGGUCCUUCUGGUGAAGAUUUGAGCAGAGCGCACGCGCUGGAAAUGCUACAGCACCAAGCCAACCAGUAUUACGCAUCACUGGCUGGCCCACCUCCACCACCUCCACCUUCAUCGGCCCAGCAAGGAGGAGCUCCGACGAGUUCUGGCCCUAUUUCCGGCCCUGGUUCCCAGCAAUCUCAAUCUCAGCAGCACAAAAUCCACGAGCUGGCGGAACGGGCCAUGAAGUCACCUCCUGCCUCGCCGGCCGUCGGCCACGACAAGAACCAGGUUUCAAUGGGUUCUGGUCUCGGUCUAAUACCUCCCAAUCCGUCGACAACGCCAACUGGGCCCGGCCAAAUGGCCAAGAUGUCGAUGAACAUGGACCGUCGCUCUCCGUCGAUGGGUUCCAACAAUCCACCUCGAUCUUUACUCAGUUCGUCGGUCGGGCAGCCCGGAGCUCCGCCGAUGCCGCCAUCCUCUGCUGGAUUCCUCCCGCCUUCGUUAGCCGCUUCAAAUCAUCAUCAGUAUCCGCCUUCCGGCUCGCCCUAUGGCGGACCUAAACCUUUGCUUCGACCGUAGAUAUACAUAUUUAUAUAUUCAUCAAUUUUUUCCCCUUUUGUUGUUUAUCCUGUCACAUCAUCCUCCGUGUUAGCCAUCGCCGCACGCAAGUGAUCUCUUUCUCCCUUCGCUUCAUCCAUUUUUUUUAACUUGUACAUCCUCUUUAUCACGCUGCCUACACACACACACACACACACACACACCCAUCGCACUUAUAUGCGAGCGUGUACAGUUCCACUACCAUCUUUAUUUUGAUAAAUUCAUCCAAUUCGGCUUAUUAUAUAUUUUCGUGUCGUUGUUGUUGUGUAAAGAUAGGAUAUCCAGGGAGCCAUUUACCUGUGUGUGUGUGUGUGUGUGUGUAUUUAGGGAAGUCUGCACCAUUUAAUUUAAGUAAAAAAAAAAAAAACUAAAAAGGCAAAAAUAAUAUUCAUUCAAUCAUUUCCCUUGUUGUUUGCGUUUUCUCACCUUUGUGAUAUACCUCUCUCUCACUCUCUGCGCUGGACUCGCUCUUAUCAAAAUUAUCAAAAUUAUUUUUUUUAAAAGAUUGCAAAAGAGAAAACAAAAAUAAUGAAUCAACUUCUGCAAAAAAAAAAGAUUGGAUUUUAAAAAAGAAAUUUACUUGAUUAACAUCCGCGACAUCCCCCUUCCUUUUCAACUCUCUCCUGAUGACAAAAUGAUUUUUCUCAUUAAAGGUGGCGGCCCCCUUUUUUCUUCGUCCUUUUGUCUUAAAAAUUACAAAAAAGAAAAUGAUUCAAAAUUUUGAUUGACGGGGGGUCACAGUGAAAAAGUAGAGUUUGAAAUAUGAAAAAACGCGCGCGCCUGCUUCUCUCCUCGUCGUCCUUCAUUUUCUGGUGUGUACAAAAAUUUAAUAAUUAAUAAUAAUAAGUUUAUUAUUUCCAGCUGAAAAUGUUUCCUUGUGCAUUGUGUUUCCCCCCCCCCACAUUUUUUCGUACUGUGUGUUUGUGUGAGUGUCUAUGAUGCGCAAAAUUUUGCCAGAAAAAUUUAGAGAAACUUUUUUUUUUCUUUUUUCUUUUGAAUUUGGAAAUGUGUAAUAAGAUGAAAAAUGUUGAUUUCUUUAAAUAUGACAUUAUGAUGUGCCGUG